AUGAAUCCAAAAAACAUGGAUAAUAUGACGCAGCGUGAAAAAUUCCAAUUAUUAAAUUCAGAAGUGCGCUCGUUUUAUGAAUAUUGUAAAGAAGUAGGUAUGAGUGAUGAUGAUAUGGACGUAAUUUGUCGCCCUUUGAUGAAUGCUGUGAGGAGGGCGACAAUUAAGAGAUGGCGAAACAUUUUCUUGAUAUGCGCGGUAUUUGUGACAUUUGGAUAUAUUGUGAGCCAAACGGAUUCAUUUCAAUGGAAUGCUGCCGCCGUGGCUCGCUUAACUUUGAUAAAGCUUCUACCGUUUUGGAACUGGACUCCAUUAUACUAUAACAAAUGUAUUGUUGAAAGGCUCCCGGUGCAGAAUUUUGAUAGUGAACCGGUUUCUACAAACGAUUGUAUUGCAUGUGAAGCAAUUCAAAACAUAGCUCGCAUAUCAAAAACCGACCACAAUGAAGUCUUAAACCACCACUUGCUACGAGGAGCUCCUGUCGUAGUUAAUGAUGCCUAUCACGACUGGGCAACUGGGGAGUAUAACUUUACAGGCCUCGUCAGCAAUGAUGACCGCUUACGCGAAUCUGUCCCUUGCCGAAUCCUAACCAACAUUCGUAUUGGUAAACAGCCAAUGGAUUUGCAGGAAAUUGUAUCACGUAUCACCGAGAGCAACAUUCCUAGCUGGUUCAUACAUUUUCAGAACUGCGAUCUUCGAGCCGUGAAAACCUUCAGAGUCCUUGCCCCUCGACCUUAUUUCCUUUCGCCAGAAAUUCCUCCCUCGCACUUCAACUGGUUGCUGCUAUCCAAAAACUACGACACACAGCGUUUUAAGUAUUUGGAGUUCGAUAUCGGUCUAAUAAUCAUGUCGCAGCUAAAAGGAAAGAAUUACAUUCAGUUGAAACCGCGUAUGCCCUGCGAAAACAUUUGUAGUCCCAUUAAAAUUGAAUUACAACAGAGUGAAACAUUGGUUUUAAGUAAUUCACUCUGGGAGUUUGAAUACAUGCCGGGAAAAGGUGAGAAUCUAGCUAUGAUCACGGAAACUGAUUGGGUAGAAUCGUAA